UCAAAAAUGGCGUAACACUCAUAAGACAUAAUGAUGGUAUACUGAAAUUAUAUGUAAAUAAAAAUUAGAUAUAUUUAGUAUAUAUUUUUAUUUUUGCAAGCCAAGAAUUAAACGCCUGAUAUCAAGGUAUUAUUAGACGUUGCUAUAUCUGCUAUAUACAGAACUAGUUCUAAGUUCAGAAUCAAAGAUGAAAUUCGUCUAUUUUCCUAUUUUUCUUGUCGCAUUUACAUCAUUAGUUUAUACACAGAACUAUAUAAAGGAACAGGAAUAUGCUGUAGAAAGAAUUGCUCCAGAUUGGUACGCAGAAGACAACUUGGAUCUACCAUUUUUACCAAGAGAUUGUUUUAGACCCGUUCAUGACCACAAAAAAGGUAGCGGUUGUCCCAGUACAAUUGUUUCGUGGCGAUGGGACAUGAAAGCUGAAUCUUGUAAAUUAGCCGCCUACGGGGGAUGCAAACCCAGUAAGAACCUGUUCUUCAGUAUGCGGGAAUGUAUCCGAGUGGCUCAACCAGUUUGCAAACGUUUAAUUGAAGAUCUCAAAAAUUAUACUCUACUUGACCUGCUCGAUAUGCUAAUUUAUAAAAUCCAAGAUGAUAGUAACUAACAAAAAUUUGUAUAACAUAAAUAAAUAAAACAAAAUAAAUAUCGUUUUAUAUCUUGA